UUCCGGCUCGGCGGCCGGCGCCGGCCUGGCGCUGCUGCCGAUGUUCCUGCCAUGUCCACGCUGUUCCCCUCGCUCCUGCCCCGCCUCACCGAGUCCCUCUGGUUCAACCUCGACCGGCCGUGCGUUGACGAGACCGAGCUGCAGCAGCAGGAGCAGCAGCACCAGGCCUGGCUCCAGAGCAUUGCUGAAAAGGACAACAACUUGGUGCCCAUAGGAAAGCCAGCAUCCGAGCACUAUGAUGAGGAGGAGGAGGAGGAUGACGAAGAUGAUGAAGACAGCGAAGAGGACUCAGAAGACGAUGAGGACAUGCAGGAUAUGGAUGAGAUGAAUGAUUAUAAUGAGUCUCCUGAUGAUGGGGAGAUCAAUGAGGUGGACAUGGAGGGGACAGAGCAGGAUCAGGACCAGUGGAUGAUCUGAUUCUGCCACAACCACACCAAACUGGAGGCUGGGGGAGAGCCUUUGCCCCUCACGGCUCUGGGGGACAGUUCAGUGAAGCUCCUCCUGCCGUGGGUGCUGUGUGGGGCAGGGGGGUUCUGAGGGGAGAUUGCCACCUGACACGUUGGAGCUGACACAU